AGUGCGAGCAGGUUGUCCCGCGUUAUUCGUCCGGAGAGAAGAGAAACUUGAAGGGAGCAGCCGCGCUACCGAUACAUUACAUCUUCUCUAAUAACGGAAGUUCUCAUAAAGAUGAACUGAAACUGCGUUGUACGAGUUUUUCAUUUUUUUUCCACCGGACACGAAGAGGAUCGACACCUUAAUCGCGUGACGAGAAAAGUAGUGCACGAUGGAAAAACCAUAGAAGGAAAAAGACAGAAGCGAGAAGAAAGAGAAGAGUAAUCGCUCUCGUCAUCUUCUGCUGAAAGACUUGUUCUUAUAUUCCAGGAAUCUCUUGAAUACUCUGUGAAAAUCUGCAUGAGGGGGAAAAAAGUCUCGAUAACUGGUACAUUGGGAAAAAAGAAAGAGAGAGAAAGAGAGCUCUCGUGGUGAACAGAGGAGGAACGCGAGGGAAUCGGUCGUGUGUGCGAGGUGACCAGGCAAGUCGCACGUCACAUUAAAUCUUGAUCUCACCUCGGCGAGCAGAGGCGAGUCUCUCCCGACCGCUGGAGGGGAACGGUGGGGGUAAGGCUAGUCUGGGUGCGCUUCGAAACCCCGAACGGAAGGCAAUCCGCUCGAAUCCGACGGAGCGCGAGCAAGUUACCCCGGUGGCGUAGUCCUCGUUGCCCGUCAUUGGAGAAGGGAGCCUUCAUAGGCGGAAGAGGCGAGAGGGCGAUCGACACGCGAAAAAGAGCACGGGAAGGGGGAGGAGGUGGACGAAGAGAAGGAGGACGUGGUCACGAGCUUCGUUGAAGGCGCUUGCGCUCCAACAUUCCGCGCCUUCGGCUGCUCGGCACGUCGACCGACUAGGCUCGGGUAUCGCGACGACGUAAAAGCUCGCGUCGCGAUGCGUCGUGAUUGUCAUCGCACGAGUAAACGAGAAAUCACACCGCUCCGCUGACCGGAUCCGUAGGACAUCCGCAGUGACUUGUGUGCCACGUGACUAAUCGCGCAGGCAUGUCUACGUCUCUGUCGGAGGAUAGUGGCUGAUGGUGCACGUGACAAGUGACGAGGACCAAGUGAGGAUUGGGACAAAUGGGAACUGCGGUCGUUCAACGAAUGUAUAUUAAAUCCCUAUCAAACUCUUAUUGUGUUGACGUACAUAAGAAUGAGACAAUUGUAAUAGAAAAGGAAUAUAAGAAGCUUGGUUUCGCGCAAUUGACAGGUGACUGAAACUAGAUUGCUAACUUUACUCGUGUAAAAAUCGAAAAAUGUCUGCGCAACGAUAUUGCCCGGCGCAUAAUGAGAAGCAUAAAUAUCCUUAGCCGUUUGCUCCGAACGCGAGGACUCCACUCACAUGACACAUUGACUCGCGCUCGAAGACAUUUGUCGGCGUUUCGAUUGUUUGUCGAAUCCGCGGAGGAGAGUCGACAGCGAAAAAUUCGUCGGCUGCGAAACGAGGCACGAGAACGAGCCGAGGAUAGACGUGGUGCAUACGCAGAGGUGGAGGAAGAGCGGAAGAGGGAGGAGCCGUUGCGCUGAGCGUGGAGGGGGUGGAGGUGAGAUCGUCUGGUGAUGAUGAUCGGUGGCGGCGUCGCGACCCCUCCUGGUACUGCCAAGUCGGCUGCUGCGAUCGACAGCGAAAUGGUGCAAGUCGAUGGCAUUGGCAGUGGUAGUGUCAGUGGCAGUGCUAGUGGUAGUGGUAGCCCUGCGACGGGCGCGACCACCACGCGCCUCGCGAACAGCAGCAACAGUAAUAAUAAUAAUAGCAGCAACAACAAUAACGGGGAAAUUAGCAACAACAACAACAACAAUGACGGACACGGGGUCGCGAAUUGCGCCGGCACCACCACCUCGGGCGCAAGCGACAAAUUUUGCUGUCAGGACGAGGACGUUCCCGUCAGCACCGGGGUCGCUCGACCUUGGGAGCCACCGUCACCGACCUUCUCCCAAACGAGAUCGCAUCUGCUGCAGAUCCAUCCGCCGCAUCAUCAUCAGCAUGCGGCGGCGCAUCAUCAUCAGCAGAUGAACGUACCGGUCUCCCUGAUCGAUGGCGUGAAUUUGCAAAAUUGCACGGCGGGUCCAUUCGCGAGCGGAAAUAACGGCAGCGCAUCGCGACAACGUCUAAUCGAAUUAUCGCACGGAUUAGGGGCACUAAGACACUACAAUGAUCUUGCCAAUCACGUGUUGUCCUUAAAUCAGCAGGGCGCAGUCGUCACGAAACUUUUAGGUACACUGCGCCCGCCGGGUCUGAUCGGUGGCAGUAAGCCAAAAGUAGCGACACCGGCUGUCGUCGCCAAGAUCGAGCAAUACAAAAGGGAGAACCCGACCAUCUUUGCUUGGGAAAUUCGAGAGAGGCUAAUCUCGGAGGGGGUGUGCAGCAACGCGACCGCCCCGUCGGUCAGCAGCAUCAACCGGAUCCUGCGGAAUCGCGCGGCGGAGCGCGCGGCCGCGGAAUUCGCGCGGGCCGCCGGCUACGGGCUGUACGCGGCCGCCGGGCCGCAUCCGUACUUCAACUCGCACCAGCAUCCGACGACGAGCCACCACCUGCCGGCGGGUUGGCCGGCGCCGGCGGGCGCGGCCGGCCAUCCGUGGAUGCUGCCGCCUCUGGCGACCGGCAUAUCCGGCGCGGCCGCGUCGGCGCUGCUCCUGCCGCCGUCCCUGAGCCCCGGGGCGGCCGCCGCCGCGGCCGCGGCCGCGUCCGCGUCCGCUGCCGGCACCUCCGAGCACGCGCUUCACGCCGCCGACGUCAUCGCUCGAGGAUACCUGCAAGACGGCGACGGGGAUGACGGAAGUUUAGACGGUUCGGAGCAGCCCAAGUUCCGACGCAAUCGCACGACUUUCAGUCCGGAGCAACUCGAGGAGCUCGAAAAGGAGUUCGAGAGAUCGCAUUACCCUUGUGUGUCGACGCGUGAGCGUCUCGCCUCGAAAACGUCACUUUCGGAAGCGCGCGUUCAGGUUUGGUUUUCCAACAGACGGGCAAAGUGGCGUCGUCACCAGCGCAUGAACCUCUUAAAGCGCUCGCCACCACCGCCUCCACCGCCACCGCCGCAGCCGCAGCCGCAGCAGCAACCGCACUCCGCUACGUCCGCUAUGGAAAUCGGCCAGCGUACAUCCGGCUGCUCCAUCGCCGGCAUGGGCGGCGAAAGUAGCGCCUUUCGCGCGGUUGUCGCCAAUUCCGCGGCUAGGGACGCAAAUCUCGACAGAUCCGAGAGGAUCGACAGGCUGGAAUCGGCAGCCAAGCAACCGGAGAGGAAGCCCAGCGCCUUCCGUAUGAUCAGUCAGCUGGUGGGCGACGACUCGUCCGGACUCUCGAGACCAGCCAGUCCUGUAUACGAGCAACAUGGAUCCGGAUUUGGCCCGAGACCGGGAUCGGCGCACAGGAUACGCUACGAUCAGAAUGAGGACGAGGACGAGGAGAUCGAUGUACAGGAUUCCGAUCAGGAUGCGCCGUCGUCGCCCCCGAUCGCUUGGAGGGAUCACUGGACUGACCAACAACCGUUGGAGUUGACGAAGCACGAUCGUUAAAUAAGUGUGAUACAUCAGCUUAGUCUCGGAUAUGAUGGUCGAAUCUCUCAAGUGACUUUUGAAGGAAAUCGAGAUAUCGAACGGUCGCAUAUUUGCUAUUUAUUUAUGUAUCUCAAUCGGAUAAAUCGCGUAAAUGUGUAAAUUCUAUCGGUGCUCGAAGUGAUCAAUAAGUGAAAGAAAUGUUCUCUUGCUCUAUGGUGCUCGGAUUAUACUAAUUGUAAGAUUAGCUAACCGUGAAAUGUGCUUGUCGAUCCGAAACAUCGGCAGUUUACGCGCGAUAGAUUGAUAACGUGCUGCAUCAGCAACUGAACUGCAUCAUGAUGAUUAUUAUCGCAUAGCAUCCGAUGCAGCAGCGUGUACUUAAUGUAUUCUCUCUUCUUUCUUUAUUAUCGGGUUCGGCUCUUUUCUAUCAGUUGAAAUCUUUAACACCUAUGGAACUACUUAUUACAAACACGGAUGAUUUCUCACAAUUACAAUUGCGAGUAUAUAACUGCUGCGAUCUAUGUAAUAUUAAAACGCAACAUCAUCAGUGUCCCUGUAAUUAUUGUUGUAGAUUACGUAGGCAAUCCAUGCAUAUCGCAUGGCAAAAGCGAGCGCUAUUAAUUCGCUCGAAACCUGUGGAGCCGCUCGCGUGAAUCGAGAAUAAAAUGAUAUUACGAGCAAAGAGUGAGAUUGUUCGAGCUCAUUCGGAACUAGUCCUAGCGAAUCAUUAUGAAAUAGAGGUGUGCAUUAUCUAGAUACUUGAUUAAUAGACGUAAGCGAAAGCACAAAUCAUAUAUGAAGUGUUUGUUAAAAUAACGUUUAUUUAAAUGAAUCCAUUUUUUGUAAAUAUUCACAUAUAUAUAUAUAUCUGGCGUCACACAUUCAUUUCCUUUCACAAAAACUCUUUUGAAAAUUUCCUUCCCGACUAUUCCCCCUAAAACAAUUUUCGACCAUCGAAAUAUAUUCGCACAACAUAUAAUAUAUUAUAUUGAAAUAAAUUUACAUAAAUCUCCGAUGAUCGAAUCAAUUUCCU